AUGACUUCAAACGACGCGAACCUGCCGAAGCUGUCCUUCCUCGGACCUCUAGGGUCACACUCAUAUCAAUGCGCCCGCAACGCUUUUGGGGACAGUGUGGAAUAUAUCGAGAGGCAGACUAUUACAGACGUAUUCAACGCCGUCUCUGAGGAAAUCCCCUUCGCGCUGAUUCCUCAAGAGAACAGUUUUUUCGGAACAGUCACCGAAACAUACGACCUCCUCCGUCUUCCCGAGGUCGGACAACAUAAGUUCGUUAGGGGCGAGACCACCCACGCCGUCCGGCAUUCACUCCUCGUGCGACGCGGCGUGAAGCUCGAGGAUGUGCAGCGGGUGAUGAGCCAUGAGCAGGCGUUGGGCCAAUGCGCCCGCUUCCUCUCCGCGAACCUCCCCGGAGCAGCGCGCGUCAAGAUGCCUUCGACUUCGGCUGCCGCACAGGCACUGCUCUCCGACGACCCCGAGGAUAGGGCGCUGGAGAGCGCGGCGAUAUCCUCGUCACUCUGCGCCUCCGUGUUUGAGGGACUUGAAAUACUGCACGAAGGCAUUCAGGAUAGCGAUACCAACACCACGCGCUUCUACUUGCUCGCAAACUCCCUCAAUAUCAAACUGCCGUCAGGGUUCCGAGUGCCUCCUCCACGGCACGCAUUGGUGCGCGUCAGCCUCAAUUCCUCUGAGGACAUUGAGGAGGAGGAGAACGCGCCGUCCCGCAACCGUCUGCUGCAUCUUGUCACAAGUACUUUGCUCACCACGUUCAGCAUACCUGCGUCAAGAAUAGACAGGAGGCCGUCCCUUACGGACACGCCCUUCGACGACGUGUACAUGAUCGAGCUCGAGGACCCCACAAGCAUACCGGCCGAGGAGUAUAUAGACCGCGGCAAUAUCGCUCACAGCGCGCUGCAUGGCAGGAUCAGGGCCGGCUUGGAGCGUGUUGAGGCAGCGGGAGGCGAGGCAACUGUCCUUGGGGUGUGGUAG